AUUUUGAUUAGAUUUUAUUGAAUUUGAAAAAUGGACACAGAAGUAUAAUGUACAGUAUAACAAUCAUGGUGUAUUUGAUUUGCGAUAUGGCAUUUGGCAGAAGAACUAUGCAAUGGUUAAAGAACACAACUCUAAAAACCAUACAUAUACUUUGGCAAUGAACAAGUUUGCAGAUAUGAGCUUUGAUGAGUUCAGACAACAAUACCUUAUAACUGCUCCACAGAAUUGUUCAGCAACCAAAUCUAAUCACUUGAACAGUUUUAAUGACAUUCCUAAAGCAUUUGAUUGGACAAAAUAUUCCAGAAAAGUUGUUACUGAUGUGAAAUCGCAGGGUUCUUGUGGCAGCUGUUGGAGUUUUUCUACUACAGGGGCACUAGAAUCUGCUACAGCCAUUGCUAAGUCCACAUUGAUAUCUUUAUCUGAACAACAAUUAAUUGACUGUGCACAGGCUUUUAACAACCAUGGCUGUAAUGGCGGUCUUCCUGCUCAAGCCUUUGAGUAUAUUCACUACAAUGAUGGUCUUAUGGCAGAUAUUGAUUACCAAUACAAGGCCAAGGAUGGCAAAUGUAAAUAUGAUCCCUCAAAGGCAGCUGCAUUCGUCAGUAAGAUUGUUAAUAUCACCAAGGGAGAUGAAGAUGGUAUUUUGAAUGCAGUGUACAAACAUGGUCCUGUGAGCAUUGCAUAUGAUGUUGCUUCAGAUUUCCAUCUCUAUCACAGUGGUGUAUACAGCAGUACGGUUUGCAAGAUAGACCCAGAACACGUCAAUCAUGCUGUAUUAGCUACUGGGUUUAAUGAGACAGCUGAGGGGCUCAAAUACUGGAUGGUCAAGAACUCAUGGGGUCCAGAUUGGGGAUUAGAUGGAUAUUUUUGGAUAGAAAGGAACAAGAACAUGUGUGGACUAGCAGACUGUGCCUCAUAUCCAAUUGUUUACAAAUAAAUCAUCUACUUUACCAUUUCAGUUACCAAUGUACUCUCAUAUUAUCUGCCAAUAGAGCACAAUUCUGAGAUUAAGCAGUUAUUAUUAUCACAAAUUUCACUGAUUAAUCAUAAACAAUAAAUAUUUGUAAUUUUCAUUUCAAUAUUAAAUAAACUAUUUUGAAAACCU